AGAGAAACCGAGUUACUUACUACCGCGGAGUCCUUCGCCAGUUCUCUAUUUAUUCAAACCGCGUCGGGUUGUGGAUGGUGUAGUGGAAAAUCGAAAAAGUAAGCUAAAAAAAAACUGGGAAACUAAUGAUGGGUGGGGAAAACCUUCGUCCUUCGAUUGCGACGACGUUGUUGCAUAUCGCCGCAUUUUGCGUGGUGGCGGCGACCAUAAUCGGGAACAGCGGCGUCCAAGGUUCCCACAAAGUGUACCGGGAGUUGCAGUCUGUCCCCGCCGAUAAGGUCAUCGAAACUCACCGGACUGGCUACCAUUUCCAGCCUCCUAAGCACUGGAUCAACGGUUCACUAACUUGUGCUCGUUUCUGUUUUGUCACACCAUGUACUGGUCAUGAAUGGAAAAUUGUGAACGGCGCACAGAUCCGAAUGUGUGAAUUUCCAUUGAAUCCAGGCCCAAUGUACUUCAACGGGCUUUACCAUCUGUUCUACCAAUACAAUCCCAAAGGUUCGGUGUGGGGCAACAUCGUAUGGGCCCACUCGGUAUCCAAGGACCUGAUAAACUGGGAGGCCCUGGAGCCCGCAAUCGAGGCCUCGAAGCCGUUCGACAUCAAGGGGUGCUGGUCCGGAUCCGCCACCAUCCUUCCAGGCAACAAGCCCUUCAUCCAGUACACCGGGAUCGACAAAGACGAACGCCAGCUCCAGGACUUCGCCGUUCCCAAGAACCUCUCCGACCCUUACCUCCGGGAGUGGGUCAAACCCGACCAGGGGAACCCGUUCAUCGACCCGGACCCGUCGGUCAACGCCAGCGCCUUUCGCGACCCGACCACCGCCUGGUUCGUCAACGGGGAGUGGCACACUGUGGUCGGCAGCAAGAAGGACAUGCUCGGGAUUGCGUACCUGUACACGAGCAAGGACUUCAAGAAGUGGGUGAAGGCCAAGGAGCCGCUCCACUCCGUCCAGGGAACCGGGAUGUGGGAGUGCCCCGAUUUCUACCCGGUCUCCCAAACCGGGGACAGGGGCUUGGACACGUCGGCAGUGGACAAGUCGGUGAAGCACGUGUUUAAGGUGAGCUUGGAUCUCACGAGGUUCGAGUACUACACCAUCGGAGUUUACGACACCGACAAGGAAAAGUACAUUCCCGACGAGGGCUCGGUGGACAGUUGGGCCGGGAUCCGCUACGACUACGGCAACUUCUAUGCUUCUAAAUCCUUCUUCGACUAUAAGAAGCACCGCAGGAUUUUGUGGGGAUGGGCCAACGAGUCCGACGGUAAAACCCGUGAUGUCAAUAAGGGUUGGGCCGGAAUUCAGUUGAUCCCAAGAAAGGUGUGGCUGGACCCAAAUGGGAAGCAGCUGUUGCAGUGGCCAGUUGAAGAGCUGGAGACGCUUAGAAGCGCUCGCCCAGUUACGUUGAGCUCCAAGGUGUUGAAGCAAGGACAGAACAUUGAAGUGGAGGGCAUCACUGCUGCCCAGGCUGACGUGGAGGUGAGCUUCUCGUUCCAGAGCCUCGACAAAGCAGAACCCUUCGACCCCAAGUGGGCCGACCUUCCGGCCCAAGACGUCUGUCAUGAGAAGGGCUCCACUAUUCCAGGUGGGGUUGGGCCGUUUGGGCUCCUCACCCUGGCCUCCGAGAAGCUCGAGGAGUUGACUCCGGUCAUGUUCAGGGUGUUCAAGAAAGGCGACAACCACGUUGUUCUCUUCUGCUCCGAUGCCACCAGUUCUACCCUGACCAAGGACGACGAAAAAAGUUCUAACCUGACCAGGGACGACAUGAUGUACAAGCCGUCGUUUGCUGGAUACGUGGAUGUUGAUCUGCCUAAAACUAAGAAGAUUGCCCUGAGAAGCUUGAUUGAUCACUCGGUGGUGGAGAGCUUCGCGGAAGGAGGGAAAACGGUGAUAUCGUCGAGGGUUUAUCCAACGCUGGCAGUCGGCCCGAAAGCCCAUUUGUUCUUGUUCAAUAACGGGACGGAGGAGGUCACGGUCGACAAACUCACGGCAUGGGACAUGGCCAAGCCAGUCAUGAACGUCCCUUUGGAGAAAGCAUCCAUUAACACCGAGCUCUGAUUGGAUUGUAUUCGGUGCUGCAGCCGAUCGAAGGUUAAUCCGGAUAUAGGCGUAACAUAGUAAAAUAAAGAGUACUUAGCGCGUGGCGACAUCAAUCACAAGAUGUAUGAUAUAUUUUGUUAAGUAAUUAGUACGUAUAAUAUUAGCUGUUUGGAUCUAUAUGUUUUGUGGAGAGCUAAAUGUAGUUAGUUUUCCCUCCAUCAAUGUUUAAUUGAAUGGAUAGAGUGCUAUUAUUCUUGUGCUAUUUGUUAUUACUCUCGAAACACUUUCCUUUUUUUUAAAGGUAAAAGGUUAAAAUCAAGGUUGUUAAUUCGGUCUAUUCUGUUGAUCCUGUUGAACAAGUGGAUUAACUGUUAAUAUAUAGUACGUUCGCUUUAUUCCGAUUUAGCAUG